AUGGAUACAACUAUCUUCUCGCCUGAAGGAAGAAUCUUCCAGGUAGAGUACGCUUCUAAAGCAGUCGCUGACGCCCCAACUUGCUUGGGAGUGAUUUGCAAAGACGGAGUUGUAAUAGCGUCGGAGAAGACUCUGGAUUCUCCCUUUGUCAUGGAGGGAUCUGAUAAACACAUACAUCAAAUUUCUCAGAGCAUUGGUGCUGGAAUUGGUGGCUACUCGCCAGAUGGCCGUUAUGCCGUUGGUAUGGCAAGAGAUCACACCGUCCAGUUUAAGGAUGCUUUUGGUGAAGAGAUGAGUCCGCGUGUUCUGGCUGAGCGUAUGGGCCAAUUUGUACAUCAAUUCACAUGUUACGGAGGCGCUCGUCCUCUGGGAAUUAAUCUUCUCUUUGCAGGCUAUGACCAUCGUGAGAAGAAAUAUGAUUUAUAUCGGAUAACUCCCACAGGCCAAUAUUACCGUCACUUCGCUGAAGCGGUGGGGAAGGGUCGUCAGAACUGCAAAGCGGACAUCGAAAAAUACAAUUUGAUCGAGAAAACGGUCGAUGAGGUGUUGCCGUAUGUCACCAAGAUGUAUUUACUUAAUGUGUGAUGAAAGUGAUCUGUAGGCUCUGUGAAACCCACACUGAGUCAAAGAAGCCGUAUGAAAUCGAGAUCGGCUAUGUUUCGGAUGCUAC